AUGGUGACGUUAGUCAGAAUGGCUUCUCCUCUUCGUCUGGUGUUUCUGCUUGUGAUUCACAGAGUUUCUGGCCAGUAUUGUGGUGUUGGUUACCGCUCUUCACACAUCUGUGCACUAAAGGGAUCAACAGUGACAGUCUACUGCAAUUAUACAUACCCUACUGGAUAUCGGAUCAGGAAAGUGUUCUGGACCAAAACAAAUGAAUAUGAAGACUCAUGUGAAGCUGAGUAUCCAGAUCUGUCUGAGGACCCCGAUUACAGACAGAGGUUUCAGUAUCUGGGAGAUAAACAGCAGAACUGCACCAUCAGACUGAGUAAUGUGACACAGAAGGAUUUACAAAAUUACUAUUUCAGAUUCAUCACUAAUAAACAUGGUGGGAAAUUGUUUGGUAAACCAGAAGUGACUCUUACUGUCACAGAUCUUCAGGUGGAGUCUCCUAAAAGAGUGACAGAGGGAGAUCCAGUCCGUCUGACAUGUAAAAGCAGCUGUGAUCUGACUGACAGAGCAACAUUCAUCUGGUACAGAAACUCACAGCCAUUAACUGAGAGAAGAGACAGAAACAAUCAACUCCUGCUGCAGUCAGUCAGAAGAGAGGAUGCAGACAGAUACAGCUGUGCUCUACAGGGACACACUUACAUCUCUCCUGCUGUUCAACUCAGUGUCACACGUGAGUACAGAUUCAGUCACUUUAGUGUCUCAGUGUCCAUCAGUUCAUCUGGUGUAAUAGUGGAGGGAGAUUCAGUGACUCUGAUCUGUAGCAGUGAUUCAAACCCUCCUGCAGAAAUGAGCUGGUUUAAAGGAAGAACAUUUGUAGGAUCUGGAAAAAUCUACAGCAUCUCAAAGAUCAGCUCUGAUCACAGUGGAGAAUACAAGUGCAAGUCCAGUAAUGAACAUGGAGAGAAAUACUCUGAAGCUGUGACUUUAAACGUCAUGUACCCUCCAAAGAGCGCCUCAGUGUCCAUCAUUCAGUUUGGUCAGAUUUUGGAAGGAGAUUCAGUGACUCUUAUCUGCAGCAGUGAUUCAAACCCUCCUGCUCUGAAUUUCAUCUGGUUUAAGGAGAAUCAAAGCUCCUCUGUUGGAUCUGGACAGAGUUUCAGUGCACUACAGAGUGGACGCUUCUACUGUGAAGCUCACAACCAACAUGGAUCUCAGAGAUCAGACGCUGUUACUGUUACAGGUGAAGGUUUAAUUAAAGUGCGAGGAGACAAAACCAAUGAUACCCAUUAUAAACAAGCCAUUUGUUGCACUAAGUGGUGA